CAUAUGUUAAACCUAAGCUCUCUUCUUCGGACCAAACGUGCCGCUGUCGGUCCUGUGCGGUCUGAUCAGUCCGGGCUUAAGAACCCCUGUAGCCACCACCAUCUACCCCGCAAGCUCACUUCCCCACAUGCUUACUCGUGACUUCCGAGCACGGCAGUACAUCUCGUACCAAACACUUGCAUACCCUGCUCCAGAGGUCUACUCAUAACAAUGGGGUCGAGCUGCGAUGCCAAACUUCGCCAUCAGUUGAGAGCAUACCAUGGCGCACAUAUUCUCCCUCGCUACACCCGCAUCCCCAGCGUAUCAUAAAGGGAGCCGAUCCGGUGAUCAGGUCAAGUUCCCAGAAAGUGGCUUUUUCCAAGGCUUCAAUAAGCCAUCACGACUUGAAGCCGACAUCUUCGAGCUCGAGACGACUGGUACAAUUCCUAGAGACAUAAACGGCACCUUCUUUCGCAUACAACCUGACCAUCGCUUUCCACCUCUGUUUGAAGAAGACAUACACUUCAAUGGUGAUGGCUCAGUAUCUGCAUUCCGGUUCGAGAAUGGUCACGUCGACUUCAGACAGCGAUUUGUACAUACCGAUCGCUUCAAAGCGGAAACAAAAGCGCGCAAGUCACUACUGGGACGGUACAGAAAUCCUUACACAGAUAACGAGAUGGUGAAAGGCAUCAUCAGAACAGCGUCGAAUACUAACAUCAUCUUCUGGCGUGGAGUGUUGCUAGCGACGAAGGAAGACGGGCCACCUUUUGCCAUGGACCCGGUCACGCUUGAGACAAUUGGUCGGUAUGAUUUCGAUGGCCAAGUACAAUCUCCGACGUUCACUGCGCAUCCCAAGUUCGACCCGGAUACUGGGGAGAUGGUUUGCUAUGGCUAUGAAGCCGGAGGUAAUGGGUACGAUGCUAGUUGCGACAUCGUGGUGUACACGAUUGAUAAAGACGGGAAAAAGACUGAAGAAUGCUGGUACAAGGCACCAUUUUGCGGAAUGAUACAUGAUUGCGCCAUCACGAAGAAUUACCUGAUCCUACCGCUCACUCCAAUCAAAGUCAACGCGGAGAGGCUCAAGAAAGGUGGCAAUCACUUUGCUUGGGAUCCCGAUGAAGAUCAGUGGUAUGGCAUUGUGCCUCGCCGCAAUGGGAAGCCAGAGGAUAUCGUCUGGCUACGUGCUGACAAUGGCUUUCAUGGCCACGUUGCCGGCUCCUACGAAGACUCUUCGGGAAAUAUCGUCGUUGACCUUACUAUAGCCUCUGACAAUGUCUUCUACUUCUUCCCACCAGACAGCCAAGCAGAUACGCCCAUGACGCUACUUCAGCGUAAUAAGCUCGUCUCCGAUACUUACCGCUGGGUCUUUGAUCCCAAGACUCCUAUCAACACGCGGGUGCAGCCACACAAACUCUUCGGUACCAACGGCGAGUUUUCGCGCAUCGACGAUCGAGUGUUGACGAAGAAGUACAACCACUUCUGGCAAUGCAACAUAGACCCAAGUAAACCGUACGACUUCCAGAAGUGUGGCCCGCCAGCUGGUGGGCUUUUCAAUGUGUUGGGUCAUUAUGAGUGGGAGAGCGGAAAGAAAGACACUUUCUGGGCAGGCCCGACAUGCACGUUCCAAGAACCCGUAUUCGUACCCAAAGCCUCAUCUUCUCCAGCGGAUCUCGUUGAAGGCGAGGGAUAUAUCAUGGCGCUGCUCAACCAUCUUGAUAUUUUGCGCAACGAUAUCCUUAUUUUUGAUGCACAGAACCUCUCACAGGGUCCGCUAGCGGUUAUACAUCUGCCGGUGAAGUUGCGCUUGGGCUUACAUGGUAAUUUCGUCGAGCAGAAAGACAUUGACGAAUGGGCUGAGAAGAGGAAGGAAGGUGGCGAGGUUGGACCGGCGGUACCGGCGAAGGAGAUGUUGCCGUGGCAGAAGAAAAUGGCAGAGGAGGAAGGCCUGGGAAGCGCAGUGUCAGUACCUGGGAAGGGGGUUGGGAACGGAUUGAAUGGUACGAUUGGAAUCAACGGUCACUGAGUUCGCAUCGAGGACGAGCCAUCGAGUAAAUACCGUCGAUGUAGUUUGAUCUGUCAAUCUGCUAAGCUCCUUAUCAACUACGUCCUGGAUGUUUUGGUUACCGAAGCGCAAUUGAUCGUACCUGUCAUGACACUACCCCAGUGAGCAGUAAGUCCGAUCCGCUUGCUAGGUGUGGGCUUUUUCGGUUUGUGAAAUUCGAUUUACGAUCGAGUAAGCACUUUCAUGCAGUUUCGCUCCGCUCAGCAAGAAAUUCUUAUGAUGAAGAGAGGGCUGGCUCUAAGCUUUCACAGCAGUACUGCAACUAAUGGAGGCGCCUCUAGAGUGAAAUAAUG